AGUCCCGUCCUCUGUCCAUCCCAAUGAAGGUGAUGCCUUCCUCUCCAGAGACCUGGACCACCCCAGAGGAACGUAUGAAAGAGCUGAUCUCUCACGUCUGGGACGCCGUCAAACGACUCACACUACAGUUGGAUCUCCAGUCAUGCUGUGUGUUCCUCCCCAACGACAGCCUCCCCUCUCCCAGCACCAUUAUCUGUGGAGACAUCCCCGGUACUGUCCGUAGCUGGUACCACAACCAGGCCACCAUGCCUGGGACUCUGGUAGUCUGCCUGCCCCAUAUCACUGUGCUGUCUGCUGGACACAAACACAUGGAGCCCCUGCAAGACCUCCCCUUCAUGGUGUCCAGGCCCAUACUGGAGGACGGUGAUGCCUUCCCGUGGACCAUAACCCUGAGCCAGUUCAGUGUGUACACCCUGUUGGGUCAGCAGCGGUCUCUGAGUCUCCUGGAGCCGAUGGGCUGUACCUCCACCCUGGCCGUCACCUCCCACAAGCUGCAGGCCGCGGGCCCCGAAGGACGCCACGCCUUCAUCGUCUGUCUGCACGUUGACCUGGAACCUCUGAACAUCAAGGUCUCUAACCCCCAGGUCCAGUUGCUGUACGAGUUGUUCCUGUCCUGGAGUUCAACGUGGGCCCGUCUGGAGAAGAGGGGAGGAGUCCUGCGUCAGAAUAUCCCAGACCCCCCCACUGGGCCGACCCCCUCCUCCCCCGUCCGCUCCAGCACCGCUCUCCCAGACACCAGCACCUGCUCCCCCUCUGCUGAUUUUGAAUCCCCCACCGAGGGUGACUCUGUCCCAGCGGGCGAUGCCUCUCCGUUCUCCGACGCGGUGACCCUGGAACAGAAGACCAGCAGUAUAGGGGGCGGCAGCGGGAGGGUCAGCGUCUGGAUGCAGUGGAUGCUGACUAAGGUCACCGUCAGGCUGUUCGCUCCCGACCCCAACGCCAAAAAUACAGAGAUCUGUGUGAUCAGUGAGGCUGAGGAUCUCAGUGCGUCAGUAGAUGUUCAGGAUGUUUACACCAAGAUCAAAUGUAAAGUGGGCAGCUUCAACAUGGACCAGUACCAGACCAGUCCAGAGGAGGGUGCUGGUCUUGCAGUGGGCCGCUGUGGAGGGGUCGUCCUGUCUUGUACUGAUAAGCUGAACAGACGUACGAUGUUGGUCCGACCCGUCAGCAAACAGGACUCUUUCAGCCACCUCUCUGGCUUCGUACCGCCUACAGCAGCCAAGGUCCUGGAGGUUUCCUCCCACCAGCAGCACGGAUUCCUGUCCAUCACAUACACCCAGGCGGUCACAAGAAACGUCCGCCACAAGUUGACCACGCGGCUGGAACGAGCGGAUCCUCGCGGGGCCCAGCGGCUGACGGAGGGCCCGGCUGACGGGUCUCCCCACUACCUGAGAGAGAUCCUGCUGACCGCCCAACCUUUUGACCUUGUCCUCUCCUGUCCCUUACUGGCCACCGUAGCCGGGGUGUUCCACGCCUCGCUGCCACGACGAUACCGGGACCUCGGCAAGACGGCGGGCCAGCCGAUGAGAAGUCACGCCCUGACGUCGCGCAGCCUGCCGCUGAUAUAUGUCAACACAUCAGUGAUCAGGGUGUUUUGUCCCUGGAACCCGGACGGACAGGACAGACACACAGAACCCCAGCUGAGGAGAGAGAGAGAGGACACUCUGGUACUGAAGAUAGGAUCUGUCAGCGUGGCCCCUCAGGCAGAUAACCCUCUGACCAGAACCGUGCUGCGCAAGGACAUCUACCAGUGGAUCUCUGUCCCUGGCUCCCUGUCUCUGUGCCGAUCUCAGAUGUCCAUCUCUGACACAAGCACUCUGUAG